CGAGAUAAGAACAUAUUGAAUGUAUGAUGCACAACUUUUACUUUUUUUAAGCAAUUUUAGGUUAAAGUGAACAUCAAUAGUAGCCAGGCUGUCACCAAAGGCAAAAUAUAAAAAUGAUGAAAUCAUGAUCAGCUGAUAUACAGUCAUGUACUGUAAUCUGUGUCUGACUGAUCCCAAACGAUAAACCAGGCUAGCGUAAAAGCAUUCGCACCGUUCCCACAUAUAGUGUUACUGUAUAUAGUUGGACUUUCUCGACUCUGUAUUGUCAAUACUUUAGCUGCUGUAUGCGUGUACGUUCUCUAUAAUAAGAAUCAUUUCUAGACUUGGAAAUAAUAUUGCAGUUUGAGGACACGAGGAGUUGUUGUCCCAUGACAAAAGACACAGGUCUUGCUCCUCAAUUGUGUUUGCUGCCCUCGGAGAAGGUUGUCUUUUUCCAAAAAAUAUCACCCAUACUCGCUUGUUUAGACGUUGAGUCCGUGGAUGAACAUGUUACUUAAUACGUAAAACACUUUUUGUCCAAUCGUUUUUUACUUUACAUCAUUUUAUUGAAGAAACGAGUGAGGAAUCUCCUUGAGUAACGCUGCUCACGCCGGUGUGGAGGUGAAGUUUAGCAGCUCUGCAGAGCAAAUGCAGGAGGCACAUGACUUUUAAACACCUUCAAUGUGGAAAUAAACACGUGUGCUAUGCACUGAAAUAAUUUUCAGUGAUGCAAGUGUUUUCAUUGUGAAUUUUUGCCGUUUGAAGUGUGCGGAGAAAACACAAGUAGAGGAGAGGGUGUCGGCGCGCUGUGGCGCAAACUGCUUGAUUGACUCUCCACGGUUCUCACGAUGCAUUUAAAUGCAGCAAUGUACGCGGCCAACGCAUCAGUCCAUUCAUACCCAGACGUCAUGGCAGAAGUAGCACCAGCCCCGGCCACCCCGGCAAAAACGACCAAGAAGAAGGCAUCAAAGCCCGCGAAGAAGAGGGUCGGUCCCAGCAUCAGCGAGCUUAUCGUCAAGGCCGUGGCCGCGUCCAAGGAGCGCAAUGGCGUCUCUCUGGCCUCCCUCAAGAAAUCUCUGGUCGCCUCCGGCUACGACGUGGACAAGAACAGGUACCGCGUCAAGAUCGCCGUCGUCGGCUUGGUGAACAAAGGUACCCUCGUUCAAACCAAGGGCACCGGCGCCUCUGGCUCCUUUAAGAUGAACAAAAAGGCCGAGGGGAAGACAAAGGCGCCCGCCAAGGCUUCAAAGAAGACCCCCACGAAAGCUAAGAAGCCUGCCAAGAAGGCAACUCCGAGCAAGAAGCCCAAAACAACCCCAGCCAAGAAGGCGGCCGCGAAGAAAUCACCGAAGAAACCCGCCAAGGCCUCGACGCCCAAGAAAGCGGCCAAGAAGCCCACCAAAAGCCCAAAGAAAGCGACGGCGUCUAAAAAAGCCCCCGCGGCCAAGAAGACCCCCGCCGCCAAGAAGAGCCCCGCUAAGAAGGUGGCCAAGCCCAAAAGUGUCAAAAAGGCAGCACCCAAAAAGAAAGGCAAGAAGAACGGCCUGGAUGUUGGGCAACACGCCGCCCUGAGCGAUGGUCACUCCGCCCAGGAGUUUGUUGAGUUCCUCGUCGUUGCGCACGGCCAGCUGCAGGUGACGAGGGAUGAUUCUCGUUUUCUUGUUGUCGCGGGCUGCGUUGCCGGCCAACUCCAGGAUCUCAGCGCAGCCUGUGGCCACGCCAAAGCUAAGAAGCCUGCCAAGAAGGCAACUCCGAGCAAGAAGCCCAAAACAACCCCAGCCAAGAAGGCGGCCGCGAAGAAAUCACCGAAGAAACCCGCCAAGGCCUCGACGCCCAAGAAAGCGGCCAAGAAGCCCACCAAAAGCCCAAAGAAAGCGACGGCGUCUAAAAAAGCCCCCGCGGCCAAGAAGACCCCCGCCGCCAAGAAGAGCCCCGCUAAGAAGGUGGCCAAGCCCAAAAGUGUCAAAAAGGCAGCACCCAAAAAGAAGUGAUUUUACACUUGUACUCACAAAAGGCUCUUUUAAGAGCCACCCCACCACCUUUAAAGAGCAAACAUUCUUUCACGAGUUGCAUUUGGAUAGAUACGUCAUAACUAAAACUCGUGUUUAAAAGGAUCACACAAUCGUGAAAGGGAUAAAUUCCCAUUUUCAUUUCAGACUGACAUCUUGUUGUGACACCAGUAGUCGCUAGGUGGUGCAAGUGUUCCAUUUACAUACACGACUGUUUUAUCGCAAGUGGAAAAAGGCGUCAUCUUUAUGGGACCCCGGACAUGCAGAGUGUAAUGUACGUCAAUGUAUCUUGCACACGCACGAGUCUUUCAGAA